AUGCCUCUACGGAAAGGUAUGCGGUUCGGCCUACCCAGUCGAAACAGUUGCUUCCUGGGUAGGGAAGAAUAUCUCCGCGAACUCCGACGAUUGCUCGUCAACCGCGGAACUGUAUCUUCAGGGUCACAAAACGCUACGAGUUGUAUUUUACGCUCGCGAAGUGGUUUGGGGAAGACGGAGAUAGUAGUGGAAUUCGCUUACAGGAACCGAGAUUUUUUCGAUUGUGUCAUCUUCCUCAACGGUUCCAACGAACACGACCUGUUAGAAGAAUUCCAAUGUCUCGCCAAAUACCUCGGCAUUCAUGCGAAUGACUUGACGGUAAUUGAUAGAAUUAAGGAGUCAUUUGAAAAAUCAGAAUUACGAUGGCUUUUAAUUCUCGAUGAUAUUCAAUUUGAACUCGACUCCCUUCUCGCUAAGGGCAAACUUGGCUCGAUUAUUAUGACAACAUGCAAAGCUACAACGGCUGAACUCGGUCAUGCAAUUACCAUCAAGCCCCUGAACGAGAAACAGGGGGCGGCAUUGAUGCGCCAGUACCUCGAGUGGGCGCAUCAUAGACAGCUCUCCCCCUCAUUUAAGGAUAAGGAAUUAUGGGAGAUCUCAAGGAAGUUUGGGAACCAUCCUCCAUAUCUGCUAAAGAUCAUUAGUGCCAGUAUCGACUAUGAAUCUUCGCACCAGAUUCUGCGGGACUCAGAUGGGCGGGGCCAAACGGCCUCUAUCUUUAGAAGGACUUCGACCAAUACAAGCAUCAACUUUAUAGAACUUCCCAGAACUAGCCUAAAUCUUCUCUUAGUAAUGGCUUACCUUGAUGGUGACUUAAUUCCCAAAAAGCUUCUACUCUCUUCCAGUGAUAACCCUGAUAUCCCUAUCAACAUCGGCUGUGCCGAUCCUUUCAAGAUGCGUGAGACUAUUAGGCCCUUGAGAAAGAAAGGACUCGUCUCUCGAAAACCAGGCGGACUGUCGAUCAACCGCGACCUGCAGCUCAACAUUCUCUGUUGGCUAGAUAUUUUCACCACCCUCCGCGACGCGGCCUUCGCAUCUGCUUGCAACUUGGUUGGAAGAAUGAUACACUCACUCGAUGCUUUGCAGAUGUCUAUUUCAAGUGACUCCAACAAUGCAGCCGGCAGCGCAAUUCCGCAUGCAAUGCGCUUGUACGAGAAUAUCCAUCAAACUCCUGGAAAUAAGCUAUCACCCUUAGCACAUGCUAUUACGCUUAGCAAAGCGAGUCAAGAUUCUUGGGCGAGAAUGUCAGGCAUAGAAGGCAAUACGACCUUGAAAGCCGCGUUGGCAAUUAUUCAAGCCGUCCAUUCACAAGUUGACAGCGCCGGAAAUGGGUUGGCGUCGCAAUCCAUGUUUGACUUCUAUAACCACACUCGUCACGCACAAGACAGAGCGCGUUCCCUUGAAAGAGAUACAUGCGCUUUUCUCGGUGCCAUCAGUUCCCAGAACGGUCUUGAAGAGUAUCAGGAAUCUAUGACAUAUCGCCGAUCACCGCUACAGAUACGAUUAAGGUAUACGAAAAAUAUGGAAUCAGCGUUUCCUAUUACUCGAGAUACCGAUCUUCUUCUACAACAUGCGUACUCCGAUCUCAGCUUCGGGCUGCUUUACCAGGGGGACUACAGUGGGGCGGACCGAGUACUUGAAAUAUACCGGGGUCAUUACGAGGAAUGGGACCCCGACAAAACUGGUCUCUCUUUUGAAUACGCGAAAUACUAUCUUGUGAAGUCAUUCACAUUGAUGGCGUCAGGAGACUCCAGCCGAGCUCUCCAGUCGUGUCAGCGAGCAAUAGAUUUUCUUAGAGAAAGAUAUCACGACACUUGGCUCUUCUCACACUAUCAAUUCGUCCAAGCAACAAUGUACUUUUAUACUGGACAGGCUAUGAAAGCCCUCGAGCUGCAUGAAGUUCUUCUAGAAGAAAGAUCGUCUUGUUCCCUCGCAGAAGAUGACAUACGCCAUGUUGAGAGCGUAUACAUGGUUGCCGCCUUGAGCUAUUUCACUGGUGACUACAAACGCGCGCUGGAGUUAUGCGAAUCGAUCUUGGAAUAUGGGUUAGAGAAGCUCCCCGAAGAAUGUGCUCGACUGCAGUAUAUCCUAUCUCAGACUUACCUCAAACUUGGUAUGAUUGAUGAUGCAAAAAUCAUGUCAGAGGCAGCAAAGCGCUUUAGACUUGAACGUACGGAACUCAUUCCGCGGGAAGAACCACUCGCUGAGCACGACUACUUUUGCUCUUUCUACACUCGACUAACUAGCAAGCUGAAAUGGGUAUCCGUGGGAAUUGUGGCUAGUUUCUCAUAG